AGUGCGCAUGAGCAACUCGAAGCGGCGAGGCGGGAAGUGCUGCGCAGGCGCGUUUGGCCGACUCGCUAGGUGGGGAGCUCUUGGAGGCGGCGACCCGGGCAUCUGGGGAGCCACAGAAGUCGUAUUCCCUGAAACUUAUUCUAAUUUUCGCAGCUGCUUUGCUCCCCCUGUGGACAUGACCCCUUGGCUGGCAUUUUGCAUCCCACUUGUUUUGUGAUGGAGGCGUCUUUGGGGAUUCACAUGGAUCAACCAAUGGCUUUUUCUCCCCGGCGUCGUGACCAGGUUCAGGUGGAUGGCUCGUUAAAAAAACAUGAGCAGAAUUUUAAACUACCAGGUGUUAAAAAAGAUAUCGAGAAGCUUUAUGAAGCUGUACCACAGCUUGGUAAUCUGUUUAAGAUUAAGGACAAAAUUGGAGAAGGCACUUUUAGCUCUGUUUAUUUGGCCACAGCACAGUUACGAGUAGGACCUGAAGAGAAAAUUGCUCUAAAACACUUAAUUCCAACAAGUCAUCCUAUAAGAAUUGCAGCUGAACUUCAGUGUCUAACAGUGGCUGGGGGGCAAGACAAUGUCAUGGGAGUUAAAUACUGCUUUAGGAAAAAUGAUCAUGUGGUUAUUGCUAUGCCAUAUCUGGAGCAUGAGUCUUUUUUGGACAUUUUGAAUUCUCUUUCCUUUCAAGAAGUACGGGAAUAUAUGUUUAAUCUGUUCAAAGCUUUGAAACGCAUUCAUCAGUUUGGUAUUGUUCACCGUGAUGUUAAACCCAGCAAUUUUUUAUUUAAUAGGCGCCUGAAAAAGUACGCACUGGUAGACUUUGGUUUGGCCCAAGGAACCCAUGAUACGAAAAUAGAGCUUCUCAAAUUUGUCCAGUCUGAAGCUCAGCAGGAAAGCUGCUCACAAAAUAAAUCCCAUGUAAUCACAGGAAACAAGAUUUCAUUGAGUGGCCCAGCAGCACCUAAGGAGUUGGAUCAGCAGCCCACCAUGAAAACUUCUGUUAAAAGGCCCUACACAAAUGCACAAACUCAGAUUAAACAAGGAAAAGAUGGAAAGGAGGGAUCUGUAGGCCUUUCUGUCCAGCGCUCUGUUUUUGGAGAAAGAAAUUUCAAUAUACACAGCUCCAUUUCACAUGAGAGCCCUGCAGUGAAACUUAUGAAGCAGUCAAAGACUAUGGAUGUACUAUCUAGAAAGUUAGCGACAAAAAAGAAGGCUAUUUCUACAAAAGUUAUGAAUAGUGGUGUGAUGAGGAAAACUGCCAGUUCUUGCCCAGCUAGCCUGACCUGUGACUGUUAUGCAACAGAUAAAGUUUGCAGUAUUUGCCUUUCAAGGCGGCAACAGGUUGCCCCUAGGGCGGGUACACCAGGAUUCAGAGCACCAGAAGUUUUGACAAAGUGCCCCAAUCAAACUACAGCAAUUGACAUGUGGUCUGCAGGUGUCAUAUUCCUUUCUUUGCUUAGUGGGCGAUAUCCAUUUUAUAAAGCAAGUGAUGAUUUAACUGCCUUGGCUCAAAUUAUGACAAUUCGUGGAUCCAGGGAAACUAUCCAAGCUGCUAAAACUUUUGGCAAAUCAAUAUUGUGUAGCAAAGAAGUCCCAGCACAAGACUUGAGAAAACUCUGUGAGAAGCUCAGAGGUAUCGAUUCUAACACUCCCCAAUUAACAAGUGAUACACAAGGGCCUGCUUCUCAUGACCCAAGUUUUUCAGAGAAGACUGACCAUAAAGCUUCUCACCUUAUACAGACACCUCAAGCACUGCCCUCAGGGAAUUCACUGUGUAAAGGGGACAGUAACGGCUGUGGGCGUGGUUUGAAUAUGGAUACUGCCGAUUUAGAAGGCUGGAAUGAGGUACCUGAUGAAGCUUAUGACCUUCUUGAUAAACUUCUAGAUCUAAAUCCAGCUUCAAGAAUAACAGCAGAAGAGGCUUUGUUGCAUCCUUUUUUUAAAGAUAUGAGCUUGUGAUGAUUGUUCUUCAUAUAAUGUUUGCUGUUGUGUAUUAUGAGACAGGUGAAAAAGAGUUCCUUAUAAGAGCUAUAACUUCUUGAUUAGAGACCAGGGCAGGAUAAAUAAUUUAUUUUAAAAUUUUAGUAUUUGCUCUUUGGCAGAUUCUAAAAUAUGGAUUAAGAUUAAAGACACCUGGGAUAGUUCUUUAGGCUUACUACAUACAUGAUCUUUGAGUAAGAUUUACCCAAGUACCAAAAAAAAAAAAAAAGAUCUACCCAAGUAGAAUCAGAUCUUUCACUUCCCUAAUUACUUGUCACUGCCAUAUGCAGAAAAAGCAACUGUUUUACCCUAGUAUAUAGGAAUCUGAGGUGUAAGUCUUAAAAUUAACAGAUGUGAUCAGGACUAAAUGAGUCAAAAGAGUUAUUUUAUUGGUUCCUUUAAGUUAUGGCUAUGUGUACUUCUAGAAAACUCAACCCGGUGCUGAUGCUCUAACCAUUCUGUAGGUAAAGGAGAUCAUUUCCUCUUCUGGAGGCAUAUAUUAUACCUUUUAUGAACACUAAAAGCAAUUAAUGAGAAAAUGUUGGAGGUAAUAUCACUUAAAAUUGAAUUUAACUUAUCCUCAAAGUAUUUUGUUAAAGCAUUUUUGUGUGAAUUGCCAUGUUUUUCUUAAUGGUUUCUCUCUUGAUUUUUCCACUUUCUCCAUCCCCACAUAACACAUUCUCCUUGGAAAUAAUAUGUGCUUUCCACAGAGUUUCUGGGUACUUUGUUAAAUAUUGCAUGUGUUUACAGUUGGGAACUCACUGCAUACACUGGUCGAUUAAAGGGAAGCUGCAGAACCAAGGUGAAGGCUGAUAGUCCAAAAUGCUUUUCUUUUUCUCACCAUCUUAGGUGUAAUUAGGUAGCUGCUAAAAGGGAAAGUAAAUACAGCCUUGAGAAUAUUAUUGGUUAUUUUUUCCUCUGUGUUGAGUCAUCAGGAUCUCUGUAUCUUGUUAUAAAUAAGUUGGUCCUGCUCAAGGAAGAUUGACUACUAGAGUGUUGGGUGCGUUGGAAAGAGAGAUAAGUGCACAAAGUAGAAGAGGACCAGAGAUAGAGAUUUAUGUAUUACUAUAUUCCAAAAUGAUACAUAUCAAUGACAGUAUAUCAAAUGCUCUCUGUGAGAAAUAAGUCACGGGAUAUGGAUCUGCUGAAAACUUUCCCAUUUAGUAGGGAUAGAGUAUAGUGUAGAAACAGCUUAGGGAUCUAGAACAUACAUUCUGUUAUUUUGUGCAUUCAAGUAAGUAUGUCACCUACCCUAUUUGGUAAGUAUAGUAUAUACAGAAACCAUUGCCACAAAUAUGCUCUGUAUUCUCAUAAUAUAAUCUUAAAAAAUAACUUGAAUGUUCUUAAAUUUGUAUGUUUAAUAAAGUUAUUUUAUAUUUUUUA